AUGUCUAUAUGCGCACCUUGUCGAGCCGCCAUACGGCAGGCAUUCAGAAGCCAAAUCAUCGCAAAGCACGCCUCAUCGACCAAUUCACAUUCAACUGCACACACCAUCCUCUCGAAGCCUUCAUGGUCAGUCCGCUCACACCUUGGCUCGGCCGACAAUCCCAGCGAGAAGAUCUCGCCGGCACAGCUCAACCACCUCCUCCGCCUGGCCGCCCUGCCCCCGCCCAGGGACAAGGCCGAGGAGGACUCCAUGAUCGAGACGCUGCAGAGCCAGCUCCGGUUCGUGCGGGCGGUGCAGCGAGUGGAAACCACGGGAGUCGAACCGCUACGGGCCAUCCGCGACGAGACAGAGCAAGGCACGCGGGAGAACACAGUAUCCUUGGAUACCUUAAAGACGCUGCUCGAUGAAGAGGAAUUAGUUGGACAUUACAAGCGGUCUCGUAGGGUUAGAAGCAAGCUAGACUCAGAGGCUGAGAAUUGGGAUGCACUGAGCACGGCCUCCAAGAAGGCCGGUCGGUUCUUCGUGGUCCAGAGUAACAAGAAGAAUGCGGACGAAGGAUCCGGAUAA